AAGAUGAAACCACUGAUACUUCUUCUUUUUCUUAGUGGGCUCUCUUUUGUGUCCGGAGCUCCAAUCUUGAUGGCCUGUGAUCAGCCAAUAGCGGAUCGUGGACCCUGCGAUUCCAGCCUUCCUCGAUGGACGUACCACAAGUCAAUGAACAAGUGCGUCGUCUUCACCUACGGUGGCUGCAUGGGCAAUCGAAACAAUUUUCGCACUCGCCAUGAAUGCAACUAUAACUGCGCCCAAAUUGUUAGGAAAGCAUCGAGACUCCAUUUGCCACCGGCUUACAAAGGCAAGCACGAUGAAAUACCUUUGUGUAAACAAAAAAAAUAUAGGAAAAACGAUCCAAAAUUUAAAAAAUGGGUAAAACCAAGAAUAGAUUGUAUUAUGUAAAUCUUACUCCGGUUGUCAGAAUCGAGUUUAAA